UUUCACAGAGAGAGUCACGAGUAGUAAAUUGAUCGAUUUAACAAGAAAUCUUAAGCUUCAUUAUUGUUGGUGUCGUGUUAAUAAGCUAGAUUUCAUUCACGAUUCACCAGUCUAUAUACAAUUCGUGUAGCGCAUUGCAGAGUAACACAAGAAUGUCAUUAUUCGUUUCUUGAGAUAGUAUUUGGCUGCUGAGCACGAGGUCGCGGGAUCGAAUCCCGGCCACGGCGGCCGCAUUUCGAUGGGGGCGAAAUGUGAAAACACCCGUGUACUUAGAUUUAGGUGCACGUUAAAGAACCCCAGGUGGUCGAAAUUUCCGGAGUCCUCCACUACGGCGUGCCUCAUAAUCAGAAAGUGGUUUUGGCACGUAAAAAAAAAAAGAAAAAAAAAAGUAUUUGGCUACCAUUAUCGUAAUUUCCGUCCUGUUGGCUUGACACUAUUGCGAUGGGGUGUUAAUUGGGUUGACUGGCUAUUCGAGUCCUCGUGUCUCGGUAUAUCUCGAUCAAUUUUGUACGCCAAAGGUGCGUGGCGUGCGCACAACGCUCCCGUGUUUUCUUGUUCGCCGCAGAGUGGAGGUGAAGGAGGGCGAGAAGAACCCGUGCUUCGUCUGCAUGGGCGUCUCCUUCCUGCUGAUCGUCCUCUUGGUCGUGCUCGCCGCGCUCAUCGUGCAAUACGUCAGGCCUAACGAUCCAAAGUGCAAGGCGGCGCUCGAGUUGACAGCCUGCAACUCGGAGACGGAGCAGUACUUCUUCCACCACGACUCGGACAAACAGGUCUGCUUGGUGCGGUGGCAGCUGGACCCUGGCUGCCUCGAGGGGAAGAACCGCUUCGCCAACGCUUCUGAGUGCCGGGAGCGUUGCGUCGGGAACUCUUCGGAUAAAGGAGCAAGGCAGAAUCCGUCGGCGGAAUGCAUGGAGCCCGUCAAGGCCGCGCCUUGCAAGGACGAGGAGAUGAAGCGGCGCGACCAUCUGUACUUCUUCGAAGACGGCAACUGCACCGUACAGAUGGGCCCCAAGUGCUUGUACGGCCCUAAUCGGUUCGUCUCCGCCCAGGAAUGUCACGAAUUCUGUCUUAACACGGAGGAGCCGGCAUGCCGCGUGCCCCGGUUCCAGGGUGCGUGCCGGAUGAGCGAGAAGCGCUUCGUCUACUAUUACGACAGCUCGACGAAGGCUUGCGUCUCCUGGCGCACUCCCUGUCUGGCGGGACGUAACCGCCAUGAAUCACUCGCCGCCUGCAGCGAGACCUGCGGCCGGAACAUUUUCAAGACGCUGAUGCUUCGCAUCGCACCUGGGGUUGACACCCCCAAUGGUACCUCGCUGUGGCAGCAUGCGAGUGACCUGGAUCUCAUCCUAGUGACGGACAAGGCAUUCCCCGCCCGCAUCGAGGAUCUUGGCAGCGACCAUCUCAUAGUGGCUGUGCACUUACGCACCAUCGUCAGGAAGCCCAAGUCGUACGCAUGGGUCGACUUGGACUUGUUUGGCAAGACUCGCGCCACACGAUUCCCUCCCGACACUGCGCGGAACAUCGAGACGUGGACGUCUCAGCUCAAGGCCGGCGUCGAUAAGGCCGCGAAACCAUUCAGCACGGACAUGCCAACCGAGAAGAUGGACAUCCGCUUCGCCCACUUGCUCGAGGCCAAACAGUCUCUACUGACCCGAUAG